AGGCCGGGCUCGAAGAGGCAGGCAGGGGCGCGAUGGGGCGGCUCGGGGCCGGAGGCGUGGGCUGGCGGGCGCCGCGGCCGAUGGCUCUCCUGCUGCUGCUUCUGCUUUUCCUGGUGCGCCUCUUGGCGGCUGAGCAGCUUCCAGAGCACGACAUGAACGACACCUUUGCCUUCGAGGAGCCCCCAGAUGUGGACGAGGAAGACUUGACCGAGCCCAUCGUAGAAAUGAUCGAAUCCUCCGGUGAUAACUUGACGAAACCCAAAGAAGUAGAAUUCGGAGAAUGCACGGUUACAUGUGGGAUUGGCAUCCGAGAAGUUUUAUUAAUAAAUGGAUGCCCUGGAGGUGAAACAAAGUGCAUUGUCCGAAUGGAAGAGUGUAGAGGACCAGCAGAUUGUGGAUGGGGAAAACCAAUUUCUGAAAGUCUUACUAGUGUGAAGAUACCUUGUAUCUUUGUACCUCCAGAAAACCGAUUUCAGUAUACUUGGAAAAUGCUGAUUCCAGAGCAGCAAUCACUCAUUCUUCCUAAUGAUUCUGCUAUUCUGGAGGUGCACAGGGACACUCACCCAGUUGCACUAGAGUGUGAUACCACCGAAGAAGGGGAAUUGAUUGCAUCUGUAAAAUACACAAUAUAUACAACAGCUGAACUGGAGACAAGACGAUCCAAAAAUGGGGGCGCAGAUACAGUAACAGCAUUUUUCCUCAUCAGUGGCCUUUUUAUUUGUGUUGGGGUAAUCUUAACAGCAGUCCUCUUAUUUGUUAACAGACAUGCUAUCAAACAAUUUUGGAAAACAAAAAUAAGGAAAGGCAGCGAUGAGCCAAGCUCAGGUUCAAUGAUUACCUCCUCAGUGCAGCUUCCUACCGCACAGCCAUCUCAGAUGUCACAAGCAGAAAACCAACCACAAGAACUGGCCUCUUACCCGGAGUGGAAUGUACCACCAGGAGGAGAAGGAGAAGGAGGAAUGGGAGGGGGCGGAGGGGGAGGGGGAGGAGAAGGAGAUAAGGGGAUUUAUUAGGGGAAGAGAGGCUAUUUUUAGAGAGAAGGAGGGAGAUUGCAUAUAUUAAAGUAUGAUCAUACUAUUAAGUACUAGUGCUAAAAAGUGAUUUUUGCUUUUAUUUAUUUAUUUAUUUACAGCAUUUAUAUUCCGCCCUUCUCACCCCGAAAGGGGACUCAGGGCGGAUCACAUUACACAUAUAGGCAAACAUUCAAUGCCUUUUAACAUAGAACAAAGACAAACAAACAUAGGCUCCGAGCGGCCUCAAACUCAUGACCUCCUGGUCAGAGUGAUUCAUUGCAGUUAAUUGCAGCUGGCUUGCUCUCCCGCCUGUGCCACAGCCCGGGCCCACAAUAGCAGAAAAUUUGAAGCGAAACCCCGUUGCUGACUACUUGAAAAAACACGGUUUGAAACACGGUUUUCUUUUGCAAACGGUGAAACCGUGAGCCGAAAUGGCAUCAGCCAGAUUUUCAAGACUGAUACCUCCUAUGAAGAUGAAUGUGAUUUGCCAGGAGUUUCUGCCUCUUGGUGUUUCUCAAAACCAGAAGUAAGAUGUUCAAAUAAAGUAUUGCCAGACGCAUACAAGAAAUGUAUUGGCACAUUAUAAACAUUUACAAUGGUGAUGUAUUUCCCUUGUGUGAGUUUUGAUUGUAGAGACACUUAGACAUGAUAUUCUAUAACCAUAGGCAUGCUAGUGUGUUAAACAAUCCACAAGCCAGAACAGGUCUUCGCCUGUUGAAAACCACAGUCCUGUUCUCACUUACUUGGAAGCAAAUCCCAAUGAGUUCAGAAAGAUUUACAAUUGUACCUCUGCAUUUGAGGUUUUGACUUUUGUAGAUUUGAGUAUUCAAGGAUUUGAUUUUAAAUGUUCUCUCUAUUUUUAGGCCCUGUAGUGUGAUUUUUUAAUGAUCAACAACCUCCUGACAUGCUGGAAAACCCAGAGAUUUCUAGAGAGAACAGCUCUCCAGGAAUCCCUAGGUCCUCCAAUGCAAAUUCUAUAGCCAGCUUCCAGUAGAAACUGGCCAUAGAGUCAUUCUGAAAGGCCUAGAAAUUCCUGGAGAGGUGCCUUUUGGAGUUACAAAUUAGCAAUUUCUUUAUUUCCAGCUAUUCACUUUUACAGGGUUCCUCUGCCCUUAAUGUGGAGGGAUGAUUGUACUUAGAUGCAGAUGUGCAUGAGAUUAUGCUUUGACUCAUUAAACCCCAUCGACCCAAGCUUAUACAAAUUUGUUUUAGAUCAGUGGUCCUCAACCUGUGAGUCCCCAGAUGUUUUGGUCUUCAAUUCCCAGAAAUCCUAACAGCUGGUAAACUGGGAAAUAUGGGUAGGAGAAGAACAGAGAAAAUUAUGGUAUGGAACUACCUUAUCUGCCCAUCUGUUAAAUUGGGUUACAAACAUUUUGCCCUAAUCCAGGCCAAUGACUCCUAUUUCACUUGAUAUUUAUUAAAUGCCAGUUAUUAUUUGAACAAAGUAAGGCUGAAGGACAGUAUGUUCCUUUAAAAUUAAAGUGACAAAUAUACAGAUUGUGAGUCCAUUUUGUACUGUUUUCCAGAUAUUAACUGGACUGCUUCCUUUAUAUUUACAAAGACUGCCAAAGCCCCAACAAGCUACAAUAACACAUUUUAAAAAUUGAAAACCAGAUGCUGAUAUUUCUAGUAACUAAUACUAUGUAUGUUAAUCUCUCUCUCAAAAAAAUAGCAUUGGAAGAACGUAACUGUUUUUGGGGUCAUGUUAAAGAACUGCAAGCGGUUCAGAAGCAUGUGAUACCCUUCAGGUUCUUCCUGGCAAAUUAUAAACUACCUGAUUAAAAAAAAACACAUAGAAGAUGCAUAUACUGUCUAUUUGCUUGUGUAUGUAGAUCAUUCUUUUAUCAAUAUUUUAUUGUGAAAUAUAUAUAUUUCACAAUAAAAGAAUGACCUCUCUUGCUGGAGGAAACAGAGUGUGAUAUGAAUUAUAAUAAAGUUCAGGGCCUCUUUUUUGCACUUUAUUCUCAUAAUUCCAUUCAAAACAUGCUUCUAGCAUUAAAGUUAUAGCUAGAGAGUUCAUUGCUUACCUAUUAUUUUUUAAUGAAGCUUUUAAAUUAAAUU